GGCGCAGAACGGAAGCCGGUCGUGUGCGCCACACCUCUCGAGAGCCAGCGACCAAUCAGCGCCAAGUUUCACCUGUUCGUGGCCCUUCAUUGGUUUAAUAUUGCUGGGAGGCGGCGAGAAAGGGAAGGCGGACGACCAAUCGCGGGGCCCACCGCGCGCGCCCUGGUUGCCCCGGGAAACCUAACAGCAGGCAGCAGCGGUCCUCAGACCCGAGACAGUGGGUCCAACAUGGAUAGCCAAGAUCGGGAUACCGAGGGCGAAGGUGGAGCCGAGCAAGGCCUGACCAGGCAGUCAUCCGAGAUCAAGGUCAGCUUCGAACCUCAGACCACGGCUGACCCUGCGGAGCCGGGGCCGGAACCGGGACAGCAGCCGGGACAGGAGCCGGGACCGGAGCCGGAGACCCAGCCGGUUGCAGACGACCCCAAAGCAGAGGCUUCGGAGGGGAGCGAUUAUGCGCAUGUCGAGGUCCUGGAAAGUCUGGAGGCCGCCGAGGCUACAGACGAGGCAGUAGAGGCAGCGAGCGAGGCCGUGUCCCAAGAGCCAGAGAGACUGCCAGAGCCCCAGCCCGAGACUGAGCGGGAGUCCAAGGAGCUGGACGAGGACGAAGAGGAAGAAGACGAUGAAGAUGACGAGGAUGAGGACGAGGAACCCGAUGGGCCGGAGAAGCAGAAGGACAAGGUGAAGAGGAUGAAGAGCAAGGAGUCACGGUUCCGGCCCUCACUGCCGCUGACCACGAUAGUCGAAGAGGCGGCUGCUCCAGCCCCACGGGCAGAGAAAGAGAAAGCGAAGGAAUCUGAGCAGAAGCGAGGUAGCGAGGAUCUCGAGGCGACAGGUCGAGAACGACGCAAGAAAAGCAAAGAAGAGCAUCUUCUCUUUGGAGAGGAGGAGGAGGAAGAGGAAGAGGACGAGAAGGAAGGGGACUACGACGACUUCGAGUGGUCUGCGGAUGUUCGGAAGCUGCAAGAGCAGCAGCUGCGUGGGGAGCUAGUGGACCAGUACCACGCCCUGCUGGUGGAGCGGAACCGAUACCAGCGCUACAAUGUGUACCUACAGCAGAAGAUCUCCGAUACGCUACGCAAGAAGGGCCUGGAAGCAGCUGAACCUGCGGACAAGAGUGCGGAACCAGAUUCUCCAGAGAAAGAGCAAACAUACUUGCGCUAUCUGGCCGUGCUGGAGGAACUGAAGAAACAAGAGGCAGACGACCUAGAGUGGUACCGCGAGGAGGUGCGUGAGCUGAAGCACCAGUGCCAGGAGAAGCAGGCCAGGGUGGAGAGAGAGUGGCGGCGCUUCCAGACCCUCAAGAAGCAGGUGGUGAUGCAGGUCAUGGGCAGCUGCCGCAUGCGCGGUGGGCGCCAGGCGGCUCUGAGAGAGGUGGAACAGAUCCAGGCGCUGGAGGAUAAAAAGGAGAAGGAGAUGAGCGCCUUGCGCCUCGAGAACGUGCAGCUGAAGCAGAGCCUGGUACACUUUGAAACCAGGAUGAAGGCCCAGGAGGACUUGGCUGAGGGACUGCUCCUCAUCGACUUUGAACAGCUCAAAAUUGAGAACCAGACCUUCAACGAGAAAGUAGAGGAACGAAACGAAGAACUUCUAAAACUGCGCACUAAGGUGACCAGCAACGUGCAGAUAAUAACCCACGUGAAGGAAAAGCUGUCUUUCAUCGACACGGAGAACGCAUGCAAAAAGGCACAACUUUUGGAAAUCGAGGCCCAGGUGGCCCUAGGAAGAGACCUAUUGACAAAGACAAAGCAAGUCCGAGACAGCCUGCGAACUGACAACGUCAAACUGAAUCAGAAAUGUGGGCUUCUGGGUAAGGAAUCACUCCUCCGAGACUUAGAAGAAAAAGUGGAUAAGACAAAAUUUCUCAACAGGCGUCUGGAAUCCCUAAAGCGCCAUCAUGCGGGGCUCACCUUGUCCUGCAAAGGGGUGAAGCAAAAGAUCAGGGAAGCCAAAGCAUUCCUCCCCUCUUGACAGGACAGUUGGCAAAACCUCCAAAACUCUAGAAACUUUGUCCCCGACUCUCUUCUGCCCUCCCAUAGUCAUUCUAAGUGACUGUAGAUGCAACUGGAUGCAACUUUAUUUUUGUCAUUGCCAGCUUCCGAAUUCCUGCUGAACACAUCGGGUUACAUGAGGUUGAGUAAAAUAUAUCUACAGAGAGAAAGUGGGGUGAUUAAACUGACUAAUAAAGAAAAGCCUUUCUGGCCAAGCAGUCCCAUCAUCUAGAGGGCUGUUAAAACUGUUCCUUGCCCACGUGUAAGAAUGGUUUAAAGGUUCAACCAGUGGCCAAGGUAUAGAAAACCCCUGUGCACUGGUCUGAUCACUGUCAUCUUUGUACGAACUAAACUAUCAUCUUGACUCACUGUCUCAAUUAGUCCACAAAUCCCCUUCAUCUCUCUGGAUGGGUGUGUGGGCAUGUGGAGACAGGAUCUCUUACUCAACCAGGAGCUUGCAUUUUCAGUAGGACUGUGCAGCUAGCAUGAUGAUCCUGGGAUCUGCCCGUCUCUGUUCCCCAGCACUGGGUUACAGGCAUGCAAGGCCAAGUCUAGCUUUUUUAUGUGGGUGUUGGGAAUUUGAAUUCAGAUCCUUGUGCUUUCAAACAAGUACUCUUACCUUCUGAGCCAUAACCUGUCAUCAACAACCUGGCUGUUAUCAUUACAUAACCCUCUUCCUUUAAAUGACACAAUUUUGUUUGCUAAAGUAUAUUGGCUUUGAAGUCAAUAAAAUGUAAAAUCGUU